AUGUGGAUAACCAACAUGCUGACCAAAAGAAGGUUAGUGGCAACCAGAGGGGGCCAUUCGGUUUCAGGUUACGUGAACAGAGGAUGCCCGCAAGGUGGGAUAUUAUCCCCACUGCUGUGGUGCCUGGCGGUGAACUCACUGUUACACGCGCUAGAAGGUUGUGGAGUAACCAUAUCAGCAUACGCGGACGACGUAGUGUUUCUGGCUACCAGCGGCGAUAUCCAGGAGGCUUACGAUAAAGCACAGGAGGCAUUGGAGAUCCUGAAGAUAUGGUGCGAUAGUACGGGCCUAUCGGUCAACCCGGACAAGUUGGAAGUGGUGCGCUUUACAAAGCGUAUAAAGAUACCGGCAACAGAACCUCUGAUAUACGAAGGUAAAGAUCUAAAAUUAGUAGACGAAGUGAAAUUUCUAGGAGUCCUAUUCACUAAGAAGCUACUAUGGAGAAGGCACGUGUUCAACAAAGUAACGUGCGGAAAAAACAACUUGUAUAUGGUGAGUAGAGCAAUAGGCGGAACAUGGGGUUUCUCCCCCCGCAUCACAAACUGGAUCUAUAAAUCCAUAGUGGUGCCAAGGGUGACGCAUGGGGCCAUUGCCUGGUGGCAGGCGGCAAAAAUGACCACUGUGAGAAAUAAACUAAAUAGUCUCCAGGGGCUAGCACUCAGAAGAGCCCUGGGUUCGUUAAGUACCACUCUAUUGAGAGCAAUGGAGGUACUAACGAACACAACUCCGUUGGACACGGUAAUCGUAGACAUUGCAGUUAGAACGGCGCACAGGCUGAAAUGCUGGAAUAGCUGGACGGGAAACAGCUAUGGAUACGCAUCGAUAAUUCAAAGCGAAGCGGACGUGGAGAUGAACAACUGGAUAAGCAUGGACCAAGACAGAUGCGCCCCUAGCAUGGUGCCGCAGCAACUUUUUCAGGUAAUAAUUCCUACCAGGGAACAAUGGAGAGAAAAUGAGGUACUUACGGGGGAUCAUAUCGAUUGGUACACCGACGGAUCGGGUAGGAACGAUCUGGCAGGAGCCGGAUGGACGAACGGGACCACGGAAAGACAUUACGCGAGCCUGGGGAGGAACGUAACAGUCUUCCAGGCGGAGGCAUACGCGAUAAUAAAGUGCGUGCAACUACUCAUGGACAAAGGUACGAAACAAAAAGUAAUACGUAUCUUUACGGACAGCCAGGCGGUGUUGCUGAGCGUACAAAGGCUCAUGCACACAUCAGUGACGGCCAAGAGAUGCAAGGAGCACCUCAACGAACUGGCAUCCAGGGGCAACAAGGUGAUGCUGUGCUGGGUGCCAGGUCAUAAAGGCAUUUCAGGGAACGAGCUAGCGGAUAAGCUGGCGAAUUUGGGAUCAAGAAGAGCCCCGCCGGAGGGAGUACCCAGACAGGUGCCGCUAGCGGAAGCGGUAUUCGCCCUCAGUAGGAGAAAAUGGCGCGAGGGCCAGAGAAAAAGGAAGUGGGACUCGGCAGAGGGAUGCAGAGUGGCAAAGAAGCUGAUUGGACCGGACCCAAUCUACAAGAACUGGAGGGAACUGAUGGACCUUCCACGCGAGGACACGAGAAGAGUGGCGGGACUCCUGACGGGACACGCCAUUCUCAUCAUCACCAUUUGGCGCGGAUGGGAGAACUACACGAGGAGCGAUGUGAAUUCUGCGACGAGGACAUGGCCGAAUCGGCAGAGCAUAUACUGA